AUGUCAGCGGCAGAAAAACGUAAAAGACUUGAAGAAUUAUUCCAUGAAACGAAAGAUUUUUAUCAAUUGAAAGAAUUAGAAAAAAUUGCACCUAAAAUAAAAGGAAUCGUAUCACAGUCUGUUAAAGACGUUUUACAAAGUUUAAUAGAUGAUAAUUUAGUUGCUACUGAUAAGAUUGGUACAUCAAAUUACUUUUGGUCAUUUCCGAGUAGUUCACUUCAAUCACGAAAAGUUAAGAUAAACACACUCAAAGAGGAAUUUACAAAAUUAAAAGAAAAAAAUACUGAACUACAAAAUGUCAUCAAACAAGUAUCUGGAGAUCGUGAGGAAUCGGAUGAUCGUACUACAAAAAUGAAAUUGUUAGAAGAAGUUGAAUCACAAAGAAAACAGUAUUUAAAAGAAUUGGAACGAUAUCGUGAAUGUGAUCCUGUGCUAAUGGAAGCUAAAAAAAAACAUGCCAAACUUGCAUUUGAAGCAGCCAACAGAUGGACUGAAUUUGAUCGUCAAUUUAGUAUUCCUGAAGAUUUCGACACUUUAUAA